CCACAAGGGGGCGCGGGCGUUGGACGGCCCCCAACUCACAGAUGGCUCCUCCAGGGCAGUAUUCAGUGGAAUACUGGCAGCAGGAACAAUACUGACACACCCCACAGAGAGGCCUGGGCAUAGGGGGAGGGGCAGACCCCCUGGUGCCACUGAGGGUUCAAGGACGUAACCUGCCCUUUUUAGUGGACACAGGAGCAACAUACUCCACCAUUCGUACUGCUCCUGAAGACAUUCCACUGUCAGACACCAGAAUCAGUGUGAUCGGCUUCUCUGGGGUACCUAUGACCCUGCCAGUAACCGCCCCUCUAAAGACUGAGCUAGGACGUCAGUCCUUAACACAUUCAUACAUGGUUUCCUCACAAGUUCCAGUUAAUUUAUUGGGCAGGGACCUGCUCAUUAAGCUUGGAGCUACUAUCAUGUGUGGAGCUGAUGGAUUAACAGUGACUUUGAAAGAUGGCACACGGCUGUCCUGUUUGCAAUCAGGAAUAAGGGGACAGUGGCUGUUAUCUGAGGAUUGUGAACGCACAGCGCAGAUUUACUGGGCGAGACUGAACACAUCAGAUGGAAUUCUGGCACAGUACAUACUCUGGCAUCCCUGGAUAAUGUCCAUGUCUGUUUAUUCACCCCCGCGUGACCCCUACCACGUGACCUUGUUUUACGAUCGCGAGCAUACUGAGUGGUUUGAGGAUCUGUUUAAUGAGUGUUUAGAUGAGAAAGCUUGGGAGCUUAACUCUCAGGACAUUUAUGUUGGUCCAGCUGGAGUGGCAGCGUUUGUGGCGCUCUCUGGAGAUCAAAUGAGUUGGUAUAGAAUGGGAGAUGAAGCGGUUCCCCACGUGUCUUUGGCAGUACAUGAGGGUCAUCAAGCAAAAGAUUUAGGCCCAAUGGUGAGAACAGCCACAAGGGCCACAGAUUGGCAGCAAACACAGCUCACUGAUGUCUCAUACUCACCCAGUUGUAAAACGUAUCGAAUUUCUGUGACAGCUACUGAUCAGAGUGUUUUAGAACAUAAACAUCUGAAGCGAACACAUGGCAGGGAGAAAUCAGAUCACGAGGAAGCUGUUAAAGGCCUAGCAGAACUCCCUGACACUUUGUGGUCUAAAGGUCCCACUGAUGUGGGUUUAACAUUUUGUUCACCUGUUACAUUUGAGUUAAAAGAUGACACUCCUAUUUGGCGUUCACAAUACAGACACAGUCUAGAGGCGGAGAAUGGGAUUGCAGAAACAAUUUCAGGGCUCCUGCAGGUGGGUGUGCUGGAGUCGUCUUCCUCUGCAUGGAAUACUCCAAUCCUCCCAGUUGAAAAAUCAGGCACGGGCAAGUAUCGCAUGGCACAUGACCUUAGGGCAAUAAACGCUGUCCUUAAGACACCAACAGUACCUGUACCAAAUCCCUACACUGCUUUGACUAAUUUAUCUCCAGAUCAGAGGUGGUUCACAUGCAUAGAUUUGGCAAAUGCUUUCUUUUGUCUCCCUCUGCAUCCAUCUUUGAGAGAUAUUUUUUCAUUUACUUACAGGGGUCAGCAGCUGCGUUACACUCGGUUGCCUCAGGGCUUUGCCCUUUCACCUGGGAUUUUCAAUCAGGUACUUAAAAAUGCUCUUUCUCCAUGUGUAUUACCUGAAGGAUGCACACUGAUCCAGUAUGUGGAUGAUUUGCUGAUUGCUGCUGAAACAGCUGAUGCUUGCUUUCAAGCAACGAUGACGAUGAUGAUGUCAGCUGGCUAAAACAGGCUUCAAAGUAAGUAGAGACAAACUUCAACUUGUCAGAACUGAAGUUA